AUAAAAUAUUUUCUUUGAAUACAUAAAAGAAGAAACAAUGAUUUUAGUUAUUGAUUUUAACGGUUACUUAAAUUCAAAAAAUGAAUUUACCAUAAAGGAAUAUUCGUUUUAUACAAUGGAUAUUCGAGGUGACGUAUACACCAAUAAAUUUGAAGUAAUAUCGCCAGAUGUUGAAGAUUUAGAUGAUUUGGAUAGCGAAAGUGAAAAAAAUUAUGAAAUUUAUUACCAAAAAUACGGAAUAGAAUGGAAUACCGGUACCAUAACAAAAGUAGAAGCAGACACUGACAUUAGUUAUCAUAUUCCUAAAUCUCGAAAAAUUUUCCUAGCUGAUGAAGAAAAGAAAAAUCAAUUAAUAAACUAUAUUAAUGUACGGAAAACUCCAAAAACAAAUUAUGUAUCUCUAAAAGACUUAGGUUAUAAAAUGAACUUUUCAAACUCAACGAAUUGUCAUUACCAUCAAUCACCAUCAAGCAAUAAUUGCGCCAAUGACAAUGUUUUGGAUAUGGUUACAUUUGUGAAAGAUAAAAAGUUGUAUGAUACGAAUACGUGUGCGAACUUAUAUUCUAUAAUUGAUUUCAAUUGUUAUAAAUAUUCAAAUCAUUCAAUAAUUAAAGAAGUUUCGAUUAGUCGUAUCAGUAUUGAUGGGGUCGUAACAUCACGCGAUUUGUUUGUAGAGAAACCGAUUAAUGAAUCCCAUUCGGGACCUGGUAAUUACAAAGAAUACUACCAAAGAUAUGGCAUUAGAUGGAAAGCUGGUAAUAAAUUUUCACGACUUAUAACGCAAAAUUUAUUGCAAACUGUAAAGGAUUCAAUGCGAACAUAUGUUAAAAGUAAUACUCAAAAAAAUAUACUAUUGAAUCUGAGUACUAAAGAUAUUGGAAAUAAAAUAAUUUGCUUGGAUGAACUAGGUUAUGACGCUGAUAAUACAGAACUAGGUUUUACCGCGUGUAAUUGGCAUGAUAAUAAAAUGGCAAAUAAUUGUGCUUCCGAUAAUGUUAGAUUGAUGACUGAUUGGUUGUAUCGUAAGAAAUUACUUCCGCUCCAAGUGCGCAGUAGUUUGAAACCCAAUAUACUUCGAUCCUCCCAAGCUCAUAAGUCACGUAAGAUUUCUUCGGUUAAUAAAGCAGUGACUGCUUCGACGUCAGUUGUUCAUAAACGUAAGAUGGAUUACUCGUUGAUGCCUUCUGCAUCUCGAUAUUAUGACGCAUUCGGAUCCAUGCUGUCGUCAACUGAUGAAAAUAAACGUCGUAAAAUUGAAAAUCGUGGUGACAAUACGCGAAUGAUAAACGAAUCGCAUGGGACAGUGGCACCUAAUAUGCCUCAAUUCUCCCAAGCUUAUGGGUCACGUGCGAUGUCGUCAGUUGGUAAAGGAGCGGCUACUUUUACGUCAACUGCUGAUAAACGUAAGUUUGAUAACUAUGUGGUGCCUUCCGUAUCUCGAAAUUAUGAAGCUUUCUCUUACACAAAGUCGUCAAUCGAUCAGAGAAAAACACACCGCGAAAUUGAAGACGAUGAUGAUGAUGUGUUCAAAAUGGCAGCAAACUUGGGAAUUAAAAUAAAAGAUAAUGAUGAUAACGUGUUCGAUAUGGCAUCAAAACCGGGAAUUGAAAUCAAAGACGAUAAUGCACGAGUGAUAAACGAGACAGUGGCGCCCAAUGUACCUCGGUACUACCAAGCUCAUGGACCGAGUAAUUUUCCGAUUAAUCAGACGGAAGAACAAACAAAUUAUGACGAUGAAAAUGCUAUUGACAUCGCGUUAGAAUUAGAAUCUCAAAUUGCCAAGCACACACCGAAGAAUCUCGCUGAUUUGAAUUCAGAGUCAUUGUACAAAUAUCCAAUAGAUGAUUUAUAUGAUUAUUCAUUUGAAUCAAAUGAAUUUGAUGGUUUGCUAAAUGAUGAAAAUGAUAAUCAUCAGAGUAAAGUUGAUGUAAACCAACUAAAUGAUCAAAUUGGUGAACAAUUGUUGAGUAGUUCUAUUUCCAAUGAUCCAAAUAAUUUAUUUGAUGAUGAUGAUAACAAUGAUUUCAAUGAUAUCAUGAAUAUCGAUGCAUCAUUGCAUUCUGAAGCGAUGUUUCAUAACAGAAGGGAAGAUAAUGAUGAUCAAAAAAAUGAAAUUUUCGAUGAGAAAUUUUUAGAUACUUAUAUUGUUAAUAAUCCCAAUAAUAUAUCGUUUGAUGAAGAUGAAUUCAAUGAUAUUUUAGAAGAAGACGAAUUAUCAAUGAAUAUAGUUAUUGAUUUUAACGGAUUCUUAACCCAAAAAAAUCAUUUUAUCAUCAAAGAAUAUUCGUUAUAUACAAUUAAUAAUCGUGGUAAAAUAAGGUUCCAUAGUUUCGGAGUAGAUAAAUCCGUACAAAAAAAAUUGGGUGCAAAGAUAAAAGAAAAUUAUGAUAAUUAUUACAAAAAAUACGGAAUAAAAUGGACGACCGGUACAUUGGGGAGGAGAAAAAUGAAAAUAACACUUAACAAAUAUUUCACUGAAUCUAUGAAUAUUUUUGUAGCCGACAAUGACAGAAAAAAUAAACUAAUAAAUUAUUUGAAUUACGAUCCUGAUAAAAAUAAAAAUGUAUCGAAGAUUGUGUGUUUAUCCGAGUUAGGUUAUAAAUUGAAUUUUAAAAACUCAACGAAUUGUCAUUACCAUGAAUCACCAUCGAGCAAUAAUUGCGCCAAUGACAAUGUGUUGAAAAUGAUUGAAUUUGUGAGAGAUAAAAAAUUGUACAAUACUAAUAUGCGUGCGAAUACAUAUUCUAUAAUUGAUUUCAAUUGUUAUAAAUAUUCAAAUCAUUUACGAUUUAAAGAAGUUUCAAUUAAUCGCAUCAGUAUUGACGGGAUCGCAACAUCGCGUGAUUUGUUCGUAGAGAAAGCCCUCAAGUUACAAUCAGAACCUGUUACUUACAAAGAAUAUUACCGAAAAUAUGGGAUUAAAUGGAAAAAUGGUAAUGAAGUACCACGAUUGAUAAGAGAAAAUUUAUAUUAUACUUUAAAGCGUUCAAUUCGAACGUAUGUUAAAGACAAUACUCAAAAAAAAAUAUUAUUGGGUCUGAGUAAUGGCGAUAUUGGAAAUAAAAUAAUUUGUUUGGAUGAACUAGGUUACGAUGUGGGUAAUACAGAACUAGGUUUUACUGUGUGCGAGUGGCAUGAUAAUAAAAUGGCAAACAAUUGUGCUGAUGAUAAUGUUAGAUUUAUGACUGAUUGGUUACAUCGUAAGAAAUUACUCAAGCUUGAGAUAAGCGGAAACUUAAAAGUUAAUAAAGUAGAGAGAAAUUUUAAAACUCCUUCUGUUGUCGUACAUAAAGGAUCCGUGUAUCAGGAUAUUAAAGAUAUAAAAGCUAGAUAUUACCAAGCUCAUGGGUCUCGCGAAUUUCCUUCGGUUGGUAAUGCAGCGGCUGUCUCUACGUCAGUUGUUGGUAAACGUAAGUUUGAUAACUUGGAAAUGGCGCCCACUGUGGCUCAACAUUAUGAUGCAUUUGCAUCAGAAUUAUCAUCAACUAAUCAGGCUAAAAAACGCCAAAGAAUUGAUGAGAACGAUGACGAUGUUGAUGUAUUCGACAUAGCAUCAGAAUUGGGAAUUAAAAUCAAAGAUAGCGAUGAUGAUGUAUUUGAUAUGGCAUCAAAAUCGGGAAUUGAAAUCAAAGACGAUAAUGCGCGAAUGAUAAACGAGACAGUGGCACCCAACAUGUCUCGAUAUUACCAAUCUCAUGGCUCAAAUGAUUUUCGGAUUAAUCAGACGGAAGAACAAAUAAAUUAUGAUGAUGAAAAUGCUAUUAAUAUCGCGUUAGAAUUAGAGUCUCAAGCUGGCAAAUACGUGCCGCAAGAUCUCGCUGAUUUAAAUCCAGAGUUAUUGUACAAAUAUCAAAUAGAUGAUCUACAUGAUUCUUCUUUCAGAUCAAGUGAAUUUGAUGAUUUGCUAGAAGAUGAUGAGAUUAAUAAUAGUGAUAUUUAUCACAGUAAACUUGAGGUCGACCAACGAAAUGAUGGAGCUGGUGAAAAAUUGUUGAGUAGUUCGAUUUUCAAUAAUUCAACUAAUUUAUUUGAUGAUGAUGAUGAUGAACUAAAUGACUUUAUUAAUAUUGGUGGAUUGGUGCAUUCUGAAGUGAUGUCUGAUAAUAGACGAGAAAAUAAUGACCUAGAAAAUGAAAUUUUUGAUGAGAAAUUUUUAGAUACUUAUAUUGUUAAUAAUUCGAAUGAUAUAUCAUUUGAUGAAGAUGAAUUCAAUGAUAUUUUAGAUAAGGACGAAUUUUUUAUAUACAAAAAACAAUUAACAAUGCAUAUAGUUAUUGAUUUCAACGGUUUCUUUACCGCAGAAAAGGAUUUCGUUAUCAAAGAAUACUCGUUUUACAUAAUAAGUCUUAGAGGUGAAAUAAAGUACAAUAGUUUCGAAGUAGAUAUAUCUGAACGAAAACAAUUAAGUAUAAAAACAAAAAAAAAUUAUGAUAAUUAUUACAAAAAAUAUGGAAUAAAAUGGACGACCGGUACAUUGGGAAGGAGAAAAAUGAAAAUAACACUUAAAAAAUAUUUCGCUAAAGCUAUGAAUAUUUUCGUAGCCGACAAUAAAAGAAAAGAAAAAUUAAUAAAUUAUUUGAAUUAUGAUGCCGAUAAAAAUAAAAAAGUAUACAAAUUUAUAUGCUUGCGGGAAUUAGGUUAUGAAAUGAAUUUUAAAAACUCAACAACUUGCCAUUACCAUGAAUCACCAUCGAGCAAUAAUUGCGCCAAUGACAAUGUGUUGGAUAUGAUUAAAUUUGUAAAAGAUGAAAAAUUGUACAGUAGCACUAGGUUAAAGCAUAUAUAUUCUAUAGUUGAUUUUAAUUACUAUGAGCAUAUAAAUAGAACAGUUAUUAAAGAACUUUCAAUUACUCGUAUCAGUAUUGAUGGGGAUAUAACAUCGCGUAGUUUGUUAGUUAGGAAACCAGAGAAAUCACAUAUUGAACCCGACACUUACAAUAAAUAUUACAAAAAAUAUGGAAUUAAAUGGGAAGCUGGUAAUGAAUUCCCCGGCUACUUAAUAAAAAAUUUAUAUUAUGAUUUAAAGCGUGCAUUACGUACGUAUGUUAAAAACGAUAUUCAGAAAAAUAUACUAUUGGAUCUGAGUAAUGAAAAUAUCGAAAAGAAAAUAAUUUGUUUGGAUGUACUAGGUUAUGACGUCGGUAAUACAGAACUAGGUUUUACUGUGUGCGAGUGGCAUGAUAAUAAAAUGGCAAACAAUUGUGCUGAUGAUAAUGUUAGAUUUAUGACUGAUUGGUUACAUCGUAAGAAAUUACUCAAGCUUGAGAUAAGCGGAAACUUAAAAGUUAAUAAAGUAGAGAGAAAUUUUAAAACUCCUUCUGUUGUCGUACAUAAAGGAUCCGUGUAUCAGGAUAUUAAAGAUAUAAAAGCUAGAUAUUACCAAGCUCAUGGGUCACGCGAAUUUUCUUCGGUUGGUAAUGCAGUGACUGCCUCUACGUCAGCUGGUCGUAAACGUAAGUUUGAUGACUUGGAAGUGACACCCACCGCGGCUCAAUAUUAUGAUGCGUUUGCAUCAAAAUUGUCAACUAUCCAGGCGAUCCAGGCUAAUAGACACCAAGAAUUUGAAGAUGAUGAUGAUGACGAUAAUGUCUUUGAUAUGGCAUCAGAGUUGGGAAUUGAAAUCAAAGAUGAUAAUGCAGGAGUGAUAAACGAGACAGUGGCGCCCAAUAUACCUCGGUACUACCAAGCUCAUAGACCGAGUGAUUUUCCAAUUAAUCAGGCGGAAGAACAAACAAAUUAUGACGAUGAAAGUGCUAUUGAUAUCGCGUUAGAAUUAGAGUCUCAAGCUGGCAAACACGUGCCGCAAAAUCUCGCUGAUUUAAAUCUAGAAUCACUGUCCAAAUAUUCAAUAGAUAACAUACAUAAUUAUUCAUUCAGUUCCAAUGAAUUUGAUGAUUUGCUAAAUGAUGAAAAUGAUAAUCAUCAGAGUAAAGUUGAUGUGAACCAACUAAAUGAUCAAGCUGGUGAAAAAUUGUUGAGUGGUUCUGUUUUCAAUAAUCCAAAUAAUUUAUUUGAUGAUGAUGACAUUGAUUUUAAAGAUAUCAUGAAUAUCGAUGCAUCAUUGCAUUCUGAAGUUAUGUCUGAUGAUAGACGGGAAAAUAAUGACGACCAAGAAGAUGAAAUUUUCGAUGAAAAAUUGUUAGAUACUUAUAUUGUUAAUAAUCCGAACAAUAUUUCAUUUAACGAAGAUGAGUUUAAUGAUAUUUCAGUUGAGACGAAUUAUAAUUUGUGAUUUUAUUCUGAAUAGUAUUGGAAAUAUUAAUUAAUAAUU